AUGGAUGCAUUCGAUAGUUCAAGCUUUUCAUUUGCAGUCUCAGACGCUGAGUUCAGCCAUCGCAUACAGAAUGCUUUACGAGAUUAUGUUCGCCAUCUUGUUGCUCUUGGAAAUCACUCAUUUGUUAGCGCAGAUCAGACAGCAUAUGUAAGGAUUGUCUAUGAAGUCUUGAUGCGCGCUGAUAGAAGCGUUGGGAAUGUUGAUGCGAAUUUAACAAGACUACUUCACUUGAGAAAUUGCAUACUGCCACGUGUUGCAGCUCUGUUACGAGAUCAAGGGCGUUUUCCCAAUCUGGACGAAAUUCCGUCUCGGCUUCUUGUUUGGAGUGUAGUGGACGACGAUCAACAUCGAGAGGACUCAACUGGUGCAGAAAGGCCGACAUCGUCACGAGACAAUCCACCAUGCAAUGGUACUAUGGAGCAUUGUGAUGGGGAGUAUAACGACGUCAAUGAU